AUGUAUGGAAUCACACUUACUAAAUGUAAAAUAUAUUUUAACAAUAUAUAUUCGACAGUAUCAUUAGAGGAAAAAUUAGGAGGGGGAACAUAUGGUGAUGUAUAUAAAGGGAAAGUAGUAAAAUAUAAUAAUAAUAAUAGUGAUCUAUAUCAAAAUACAAAUUAUUUACCAUAUGAUUAUUAUACUGACGAAUUUAUUUUUUUUCGAAAAAAUAUAUAUGCAAUUAAAUUUUUUAAAGAUGAUUUAAGGACAAUAAAUGAAGAAGGUAUUAGUUGUACAACAUUAAGAGAAUUAAGUUGUUUAAAAAAUAUAGGACGGCAUCCAAAUAUUUUAAGAUUAAUAGAUGUAACAAUUGAUAGACAAAAAGGUAUUAGUGAAUAUAUUAAUAGACAAAUAUUACAACAUUAUACAUCGAAUUAUCAUCAUCAAGUUAAAAUAGAUAUGGUUCCAUUAUCACUCGAUCAGAAGUUUAUAUUUGCUGCUUAUGAAUAUUGUGAUGGAGGGGAUUUAAAAAAAUUAAUUCAAAAAACUAAAAUUAGUGAAAAUCAAGCCGGUUUAUGUUUAAAAGAAGCAAAAUGGUUAUCCUUUCAAUUACUAAAUGGAUUAGCUUAUUUACAUAAUAAUAAAAUGUGCCAUCGCGAUUUAAAACCUGAAAAUGUUAUGCUACAAUAUACACAUAAUAAUAAAUAUUUAUUAAAAAUUGGUGAUCUUGGGUUAUGUAGGGAGCUUAAAAAUGAUGGCGAUAUGACGCCCACUGUUUGCACUAUUUACUAUAGGCCAUUGGAAGUUCUUCUCUCGAAAUUUGACAGAUCCAAAACGCGAUCCGGAAAAAACGGGGUAAACAAAAGUGGAAGUGGAAGUGGAAGUGCCAAAAAUGGAAGUGUCAAAAAUGGAAGUGUCAAAAAUGGAAGUGUCAAAAAUGGAAGUGUCAAAAAUGGAAGUGUCAAAAAUGGAAGUGUCAAAAAUGGAAGUGUCAAAAAUGGAAGUGUCAAAAAUGGAAGUAUCAAAAAUGGAAGUAUCAAAAAUGGAAGUAUCAAAAAUGGAAGUAUCAAAAAUGGAAGUGGGCGAUGUAGCGAAGGGAGACGGAGUGAUGAUGCAUAUAUGGGGGAUGAAGCAUUUGAAAAGGAUUACGAAAGUUUUAAUGAUAGAGAUUUUCAAUAUGGAUUAAAUGUAGAUAUAUGGUCAGCAGCUUGUAUAAUUUGCGAAUUAAUAAUAGGUAAGCCAUUAUUUCGAGGGGUAACCGAAUUCGAUUUAAUUAUCAGAAUAGUAAAUUCUUUGGGAAAGCCCAAUAAUGACGAAUUAGAAUAUUUUAGCGAUUCUCGUUUUUAUCCUUUUAAAGAUGAUUUUUUUAAUAUUAAAAUAAAGAAUCGAAAAGAUGCAUUAAACGUAAUAACAAAUGGUAAAAUAGAUGAAUUGGGAAUCGAUUUAUUAGUUAAAAUGUUAAAAUAUAAUCCUAAUGAUAGAAUAACAGCAGCAGAUGCUUUAUCACACCCUUGGUUUGCUGAUAUCAGAUUUGAUAAUUUAGAUGGUAUAGGGGUAUAUAAUUGGUAUGUACAUUGUUUAAAAUAUUAUAUAGGAAUUAAAACAUUUAGAGAAAUAGAACAAAGAAAAAAAAACCUACUUACAACAACAAUGAUUUCUCAUUUUUUAUGUAAAUCUAAUGAUAAAUAUGCUAAAGUUAUUUUUAAAUUAAUUAAUGAUACAUUUAAAAAUUUGGGUGGGUAUAAAAAAAGCGGAAGACGAUCUUUUGCUAUUUUUGCUGACAAAUAUGCAAAUGAACAUAAAAAUACCAAUGGGUUUAUUAAAAGAGCUAGUAUAAAAGUAUUAAAUGAUAUGAAAGAAAAAAAUGUAAUGGAAACUAAUGAAGAAGUUUCAUUUUAUGACGACAGUACUACUUAUUAUACUUCUCCAACAAAGUCAGUUAAAAAAAUAAAUAAAUUUAAAAGAUCAAGUUUUCAUACAAUUAUUCCUGAUCAAUCAUAUGAAUUAAUUAAAGGAAUAAGAGUUAAGCGUAAUUUAUCAAUACCCGAUUUUUCAAGUCCAAAUAAUAAAAAAUAUUGUAGAAAUCAAGCAUGUUCAGUUACAACUACAAAUCGAGUAUAUACUCAAAAUAUUCGUUCAUUCAAAGAAUUUACAUAA